GCGGGGCCGCGCUCGGGGCCGGCGGCGACCGGGAAGCGGGCGGCCAGGGGAGGCCAGGACCCCGGCCCAACAUGGCUGAAGUCAGCAUCGACCAGUCCAAGCUGCCGGGAGUCAAGGAAGUGUGCCGAGAUUUUGCCGUGCUAGAGGACCACACCCUGGCCCACAGCCUGCAGGAACAAGAGAUCGAGCAUCAUUUGGCAUCGAACGUUCAGCGGAACCGUUUGGUCCAGCAUGAUCUCCAGGUGGCUAAGCAGCUCCAAGAGGAGGAUCUGAAAGCCCAGGCUCAGCUCCAGAAGCGCUACAAAGACCUUGAACAACAGGACUGUGAAAUUGCCCAGGAAAUCCAGGAGAAACUGGCUAUUGAGGCAGAGAGACGACGCAUUCAGGAGAAGAAAGAUGAGGACAUAGCUCGCUUUUUGCAAGAAAAGGAGUUACAGGAAGAGAAAAAACGAAAGAAACACUUUCCAGAGUCCUCUGGAGCCAAUGCUUAUGGAGAUAGUUACUAUUAUGAAGAUGCAGACCAGCCACGGUCAAGGAGGGCAAGGGAAUUGGGUUCUGGAUCCUCAAGAUCUUGUAGACUCCAAAGUGAAGAAAAGACUGUGAAGCAGAGAAAGGAGAAACCAAAACAUCCACUGGAGAACUUGGAAGAACUAGAAGAGCAUUGUUCAUCAGGGAAAUCUCCAUCUUCCUCUAACUUGGGUAAAAUGAAGGACAAUCCCCAGAUUAACAGUGAGCAGUGUGAAAGGAAAAGGUCUGGUCGUGAGAGGCUCCAGAGAUCUCCUCUUCCCAAGAUCAGUGGUGAGGUGUUUCUGAGCACUGAAUUUGAUGACUGGGAGGCUCACCAUAGCCAUCGAACUCGGAAUUGGGAAAAACAGUCCAGAUGCCAAGACCGACUUUCACCCAAGUCCGCACAGAAAGCAGGGCUUCACUGCAAGGAAGCUGUGUCUGGGAGGGAUCAUGGGAAAGGUGAGCACAGAGAAAGGAAACACAGGCCUGGGACUCCUCCCUUCUCAGAGAGUGAGGAACGGCUCCAGCUCCGUGACACAGGAAUGAAGCCGAGAGGGAUGAAAGAAGCUGUCUCUACUCCCUCACGAGUGACCCACAGGAAUCAGGAAUGGUAUGAUGCAGAAAUUGCCAGAAAACUGCAAGAAGAAGAAAUUUUGGCUACCCAGGUAGACAUGAGAGCAGCUCAAGUAGCCCAGGAUGAGGAAAUUGCUAGACUUCUAAUGGCCGAAGAAAAGAAAGCUUACAAGAAAGCCAAGGAGCGGGAGAAAUCAUCUUUGGACAAAAGAAAGCAUGACCCUGAUUGGAAGCCAAAACCAGCUAAAUCGUCAAACUCAAAGUCAAAAGAGAGUGAUGAACCUCAUCGUUCUAAGAAUGACAGGCCAGCACGGCCGCCACCACCUACCGUGACAGAUCCUGAGGAUUUGGAUUGCACUCAUUCUACAAACCAGCAUAAUUCCACACGUCAUUUCUCAAAAGCAGAGUCCUCUCAUAAAGGUUUCCAUUAUAAGCAGUAAAAACCUAGGAAUCUGCCUUGAAAAUGGACUCACUGUAGCAAAUACUGCUAGAUGAUACAGAAUGCAUUCCACGCUUAUUUUUUUUCCUUUUACGUUUGUAUUCCUGGGUUUUAACCUUGACUGUUUUUCUGACCAUAAAUAGUUUUAAUUCAUUUAAAAUGUUUUGGUUAUUCCUGAUCACUUGGGCAGUACAAGAAAAUCUAGCUUCUGAAUAUUGGCCACCUCUAUGCUGCAUAUACUUCCUGGGAUGUAGUAUCUAAGAGCUCCAUAAAGUGCCAUUUUCGUUAGGUAUGGAGUAUUGGUGUCUAGGGACUAGGCUUUAUUUAGCAAUUAGAAUUUUGUGAAGAUAAUGAUUAAAAUGAAACAUAAUAUUUGGAUGCAACGCAGAAUAAAAUAAUAUAAGAAAUAGCUUUUUUUGGUGCAUUAGUGUAUGACGUAUUGAAAGACGGAGGCUUUUGCUUUUUGUACUCUUCAGGGAAAAAAUAUCACAACUAUAAAAUAUUUAAAAACCACACACACACCUGGAUAAGUUGAAAUACAUUAUCCUGACUACCCGGACUGUAGAGGUUUUGCAUGUCCUUAUAAGUCCUCCUGGGAAAAUUGGCCCAGAUGUCAUUCUCUAACGCUUUCUCUGCUAUUUCUUCCUCAGUCGCAAGGCUUUCUGAAGCCUCUGGGCAUCGGGCCGUUUGUUAGUAUUUAUUGGCAAAAAUUUAAUUCUAUGAAAUUUUAACCCAGGUCUCUGCAAAGUCAACUGAAAAUGAAAAACUUCUCUUGUUUUACAUUUACUUGUAGAGCCGAGGGAAAUGGAACUGGAAGAUGUUCACAUAGGUGAUGAAACCAUCGUUCUCUCUGGCCGAAUACUGAAAUUUUCUUCUUGCUUAAAAACAUAGCAGUAUUUGUUGGCAACCUCUCAAAAAUGUUUUGUGUGUCUGUCAAUAAUUAGAUUAAUUCAACAUGAAGUUAAUGUUGAUAAAGUGGUUCUUUAUCCAUGUAUUUGGUUUUACACAUUGAUUAAUGAUACAUGGACAUCAGCUUCCUUUGUACAAGGCCUUUAAACCCCUCCUCAAGAUAUCUUGAGUCUCUCUAGCUUCUAACCUCAUGGAAAUGCUUAUUUUCUCAUAAUAGUUAGUUAACAUAAAUGGCAAUCAAGAUCCAUAUAUAUUUCCAUAUUCCUGCAGCUUGACUUGCUGUUUUCAUUGUAUGAAUCUAAUAUUUUGGCGUUUUAGUAUGGUGUUUAUUUAGGAAAGAAAUAUAUAGGUGACUAGAGAAAAAGUUGUUAAUACAUUCUUUUCCCACUGGAAACUGCCUUCUGUUUGCCUUAUCUUUCCAGAUCAACUUUAAAAUUGGGCAAUGUUCAGAAAGCUAUUUAGAUUAGUUUCUCAGAGUGGAUUUGAGUCUUUCGUUGUGAGAAAGAUCUUUAGUUUCAUAAAGUUUUUGGAUUUUAGGAACUUGAGUAAAAGCCAUCUAAGAGUUAAAUUUUGGGGAAAUGAUAAUCUAGAAAGAAACAAAACCCUAAGAGAUGUAGUCAUUUCAGAAAAAUGGGGGAAAGGGAAAAUAAUAGGACUUUGAAUGGCUGUGAGGAAACGAAUGAAGAAAAAUCUUCAUUUAAAUAGGCAAGGGCAGGCAAAAUGGAGGUCCUAGCCUUAAAUCAAAUUCCAGAGGGUGGUUUCAAUAUCCAAAGCUAAGUAAGGCAUUGUUGACUUAUAGUAAUGCUAUAUUUUCCUUUGUCUGCCCUGUGAUUUUGCUUCAUAUUUUAAAAAGUUUUUUAUGGUAGCUUUAAAGAAAAAAACAUAAUGUAUUUUUAUUUGCUAAUUAGGCAAAUGGGCAACAUCAUUUGCCAUAUUUUUGUUUUAUAAAUGUUUAUUUUUAUAUCUCAUACAAUGAUCGGUUUUACUUUAAAAAUUCUGCAUUUCUCUUGCCUCUCAUGUACUUUAUCCAAUCAUAUUUAUUUUGUAAAAUGCUAACUAGAGAUAAUUCAUUCAGAAAAUGUCAGGCCAUUUAACACGUAACCAGGAUGUUAGUGUUUCAGCUGUCUUAGUGAGUGACCAAAGGUGAUAUUUUCCUUGUGACAUCCAAUUCAACAUCUGUGUUGAAAAUUUGUUUUGUUUUUUUUUUUAGGUUUUUAAAAGAUUAGAAUUUUAAAAUAUUUUUAUUUUAUUUUAUUUUUUUGUAAAGCAAACACUUUUUAAAGAGUAUCAGAGUAAUUUUUUUUCUGUGAAUAAGGAGAUAGAAAUCAGAGGCAACCACUUAAAUCCUCUUAUUCUCUUUCAAAUAAUGUAAUAAUUAUCUUUGAGACUACAGAAGCAACUAACAACUGUAUUUUAAGGAACUGCCAAACAUUGCUCACUGUGUUCUCUGCUUUUCACCUUGUCAUUUUUAUAUAAAUAUGGAAGCAUUUAUUUUCUUCCUGUUCCUACUGCUGGAACAAACGCCACGUAAUUUUUAGGCCCACAAUGUAUUUUGCUUUAAUGUGAUGUGAACUAAGACUUCUGGCCUUGGAAAAUCUUUCUGUUUCUAUACCUCUGCUCUCUGGAGGCCAGGCCCCAUCAACACCAGUAUUACUGAAUGAGCACAAUAGGUUUUGGAGCCUUAUCAUAAGGCUACUGGACAUGUACACCUCCUUCCCACAGCCUAACUUUUUGUAAGUCAUUGCCUGGAAGCAAGAUUAGAUAAGGGACAGAUUAAAUGUUCUGAGUUGAAAAAAUUUGAAUCCAGUGUCAAACCUUGUUAGAUGUAAAUAUUUUUUUGGGAGAUUGGAGAGUUGCUACGCAUGCUUUAAAAGAACAUUGAGAUUUUUAGAAGGUGGCUUGGCAUACCAUUGAAUUACUGUUUCUCAAGUGACUUUACGACAACCAGCAACAGACUAAUGAACUGUAAAAAAGGCUAUCUGGUUUUUGAUCAUAGAGAAACAUCUAAAUUAGAAAAGAAAGAUAUGGAUAAAUGCUUCCAGGAGGAAAACCUUUUCAGAAUGGCAAUGAUCACUUGGAUCUAGAUCAGCAUAUUCUAAAAUGUGUGACCUUGGGCCUUGUGUUCUACUGAACUCUAGAAAAUUAUGAACCAGACCCAUUUUCUCCUUUUCUUCUCUACUGUGGCCUACAGCUGGAUGGUGAAUAGAUUUGUUGCUGACUUUGUCCAUACCUUUCCCUCAAUGGCAGGACUUUUAAGUAUAAAAAUAAUUAACUUUUAAUUGAUAAUUAUUUUUCCUUAAUACUGUCAAAUAUUCUCUAAAUUUUGUCUUGUGCCAAAUUGUUCUCUGGAAACACCUGCUAUAAUAUGGUGUAUUCAGUUUACCACAUAAGUGGUUAACAUUUUUGGGCCUUGAUUUUUAAUGAGUGUUGCCUUUGUAUAAAAAUCACUUUGGGGAAUACCAAGAUUAUUCAUUUAUUCAGUGAUGAUUUUCUUGCAAGGUAACUGUGGUGAUUGGCUGAAAGAUCUUUGGCCUAAUAAAGGAUCAAGACCUCAGUGUAAUCACCUUUCUGAAAGACUGAGAACAGAAUAGAACUUGGACUCAAAGGCUUUUUUCCCUUUUCGGAAAACAGUAUUUGUGUGGGGAACAUUAAUAUGGAAAGGAAACACUGUUUAGGUAGAUUUCACUGUACGUAGCGUGCCAUAUUCUGAUAACAUCGGCUUUUUAGAAAUAGUCAUAAAAAAAUCAAAACCUACUUUUUCAGCAAAAAGGAAAAAAUAGAUUUUUAAAGUACUUCGUCCGUUACUUACUGCACAUAGAGAAGUGACUAGAUAAAAUGGUCCCAUUUUCUCCUCAUGUCUGGUGGUGCCUGUGAGUCUUAAAGCCAUAACUGCUUAUCUUACUGUUGAUAGAAUCUUUUUUUCCUCCUUAGCCCAUAAAUAGGUAACAUGGGCAGGGAGAAGCGACUGCCUGAUAAUGCUGCAUGGGGCACUGUGUCAUCCAAAUCCUGGCAGAAGAGUCUCUUUUAUCCCUGUUGAUAUGUAAGGUUAUUAAAGGGAAGAGUUGAGGCUGUUGUUGCUCCUACUAUUUAACUGCUGUUAGAAAUGCUGAAAUUUAAUUUAGAGAAGUCAAGAAGGAAAGGGUAAAUUGGGAAAAUCUCACUUCUACAGAAUCACUUUUCUGAUGAGACCUGCCUUUCUGCCACCAAUGUCUGUCAGGAGCAGUAUUGCCUUAAAUUAGUUUGAUUCUGACCGAGGUCAGUGUACUGUACUUCCUGCAUGUGAACGACUGUCAACUCGCCACUGAGAUAUAAAAUUCACAGGUGAUCCCCAAACAUCCUUGCAAUCAGAAGCUUUGCCAACAGAAACAUCCUCCCACUGAGCUAUGGUGACCUAUAAAUACACCGAUAGAUAUUUCAAGUUGCCUCUCAGUCUAGGAGUGAGCAGUGGCAUGACUGAAAAGGCUGGUAGGAGAGUGAGGAUUUCCUGGCCAGAUUCUUCAGGUGAUCAUUUCCUGAAUAAUGGAGAGUUGACCGUCCUUCUCUUUCUAUAGUGACUGUGUAGAAGAUAUUUCCACAGGUUCUGUUAUGCAGUGAAGUCACUCGUUACUGUUUUGUAAGAAUUUCACCAACACUCUUAUGUAUUGACAUGCAUACCAUUAACAAAAAAAGGGAGAAAACCAAACAAAACAGAGAUAUUUACUUGAAAUGGGAGAUUUCUUGAUGGGAAGAGUGUUUCUAUUUUAUUACAUUCAAGAGAAAAUUAACCAGGAAAACUUUUGCUGUGGUAGGAAAGACACCAGAGUGUUUUUUAAGGUUGUGUUUGAUGCCCCAAGCUAACACAAUCAUUUAAGUAAUCAUGUUGAUUUGUGGAAAUAUCUAGUCCU